GGCAAAUGCUAUAAAGCUCGCCAAGUUAUCUCAUCUUUCAUGAUCUUAUUAUCCAAAUCAUCUUCAGAUUAAUCAGAAUGGGUCAAUCUGGCCAUCUAGUGUGGAGAGGUUUCCCAUGUGCUCUGACAAUUGGUUCUCUCAUCUGCCCUGUCGUUGUUGGCAUCGGCUGCACUCGAGCUCACAAGGCAGAGAAUUACUACUUUUUGCGUGCAAGUCGACUAUGCCUCACGAGUAGGACUCAAACUCAUCCUAAGAUCUUGAACAGAUUGAACUGCAAAAUCCCACAGCAACCCCCCAGUCCAUGAUCGAUACCACCCUUAAGCAUUUCAAUAUCACCCAGUCAGACAAGUUCAUUCAAGCCCUCGACGAGGCCAACAACACCACCAAGUUGAAUGGUUUCUUUUCAAUUGGCCUUUGGAGCUACUGUACCGGUAACAUAACAGACAAUGGGACUUACAACACCACCUACUGCUCCAGACCUCGAGGCGGAUUCUGGUUCAACCCAAUCGACAACUGGGGCCUCAAUGGCACCAACACCAACGAUUUUCUCCCUGGCAAACUCAAAAAGUCGCUAGACAUGUAUCGCAAUGCGUCGCUGUGGAUGGCCAUCAUCUAUCUAAUUGCUGUGAUAGCCACCAUCUUGGAGAUCAUGACCUGUCUCGUCGCCGUUGGAGGCAAUCGCCUGGGCAGCUGCUUUGCAUGGCUCCUCGCCGGGGUCUCUCUCCUCUUCACCACGGCCAUGGCUAUCGCUUCCACUGCCGUCUUCGCCACCCUGGCCACCACAGUCAGUAUAGUAUUGAAACCUUACGGCAUCAUUGGACACAUGGGUCGACACAUGUACGCCGUCACGUGGCUCGCGGUGAUGCUAUCAUUUCUGACCAGUGCGCUGUGGUUGCUGGACUGUUGCUGUUGUUCCAGGUAUCGCACCACAGCUCGGCCGAUUACGGCAGAUCAGCAGCAGUCGUACCGCCAUAGCUCAGUACCAUUGAAGGGUUUGACUGCUCCGCAGGACACCUCCUAUCCACCUCCCAUGGUCUUUACGUCGUCGCCCAGCUUGCAGGGAUCAUAUCAGUAUCCCAUGCAUCAGAUUCCCCCUCCGAGUUCACCGGUAGGCGUAUACGAGCCGUACAAGCAUGUCUGGGCUUAUACAAACUCAGACUGUUAGAGGAUCGACAGCUGUUCGUCACACAUUUGCUGCCUCCUGAAGACAUUUGGGGUCCAUGAGGCUCGAUGAUGCAAAAGUUCGUGACAUUCGCAGGUUGCUGUUAUAGACGAUGGGCUUAGGUGCGUGAUUUACCCUACGCCUAUGUUCUCUUAUGGAUGAAAGUGCGGCUGGCUUCAUGCCCGUAC